CACUGAAAACAUCGUAGUAGUUGAGRCUUUUGCUAAAUUUUAGAUGGAAAAAUUUGUAUUUUUACUAUAGAUUUUUAACAUGAGUCGUCUCUAYGAUACCAUUGAGCCUUCGGUGAUCGAUGAGCUUAUGCUCAAGCAGGCAGUUGAAGAGCAAGGRCCRAGAGGAGAAGCAGGAAGAAUAGCAAAAUCAGAAGGGAUUGAUUUUGGUGACGUGCUUUCUUURCGACUUGACUUUAAAAAUAUACUGAAAAUUGACAAUCUUUGGAGCUUUGUCAACUUGACAACCUUACAACUGGACAACAACAUCAUUGAAAGGAUUGAAGGAUUAGAUUUGCUUGUAAACCUUGAAUGGCUAGAUCUCUCCUUCAACAAUAUUGAGGUUUUAGAGGGCCUGGACAAACUGACAAAAUUAAAAGAUUUAACCUUGUACAAUAACAGAAUAUCAAAGAUUGAGAAUAUGGACAAUAUAACUGACUUACAUGUGUUUUCUCUCGGCAACAACAAUCUCAAACAACUAGAUAACGUCCUUUAUCUCAGACGUUUCAAAAAUCUACGUACACUGAAUCUAAGUUCAAACCCAUUCUGCGAAGAUGUCAGUUACAAAGAGUAUGUGAUUGCRCAUCUGCCAAACCUAGUAUAUUUAGACUUUAGACUUGUAGACAGUACUGCCAGAGAGGUUGCAAUGGAAAAGUAUAAAUACUCAAUUGAAGAGCUUGUACAUGAUGAGACGGUGGCUUUAAAGAAACAAGAAGAAAUUGAGGCUAAGGAAAAAGAAAGACAGAUGCAUAAGGAAGCCUUUGUGGAGGAUUUAGAUUCUUCCAAUUUGUUUGAUUCGAUGUAUGCYGAAGACCCUGAUGGAUCUACACUGGCAACUCUUCCUGGCAUGGAGGAAGCAAUCACUAGCUUCAAAGAACGYUUCAUGGCUAUUUGUAAAGACAUUUUUGAUUUUGGGCUGAAAGAGAGCACAAAACGAAAAGAAGAAAUCRCCUCUUUCUUCUCCUGUAUGGACGACGCUCUGACAGAAAACAAAAGAGAUGGUGUUGCUUAUAUACARGAGUAUAUUGACUUUAAAAAGAAGGCACUGAUUGACUAUUCAAAUACAAGUGAUGUCAGUCUUCUUGAAGUCAUGAUGAAAGAAAUUGUGGAAAAAAUUACCAAGUUGUGGGACUCACUAAUGGGACUUGARAUGCAGUUAGUGGAUCAGUUAGAGGAUACCAUUAAGGAUUUUGAGAGGAACAUGUCAGAUAUGGUGACCUCAUUUGUGGAAAAUGUGCAAGGAUUAACGACACAACUUCGCGAAUUAGAAAAUAUGCACAACGAGAAAGUGUCUGAUAUCUGUGUUGUUACUUUGGAAAAACUAUUGAAAAACGAACUUGAAGAAGACAUAUCAGAUGAUUUGAGACUGCUGUUUGUUGACAAGGAUACUAUUAUGAAYGCAGUCAGUGCCUCUCAUGACACUCACUUGCUCAAGAUUGACAACAAGGAGGAUGAUAUGGUAACCCGAGCUAAUACAACGAUCCAGACCUUACUGGAAAACAUCCAUAAUGAUGAAGUUAAGCGAAAUCGAGACCGCGUCUCAGAGAUCAAUAACUUAAUCGAUCACUUCAGGGACGAGGCAGACAGUUACGAGAUGAAUGCACCGAUUUAGCAUGGAUCAUGUAGAAUCUUUUUUGAGGGUAUUUUUCAUGAGGCAGUUUACAAUAUAAUUGAUUAGUUGUUAUCCUAGCGAAUGCCAAUGAUUUAGAUUUAAGUAACUUGUAUAAUAUGGGCAAUGUAUAUAGUGCUCUUACUUUAGUAAGAAUAGUUUUGAUGUAAAUAAAUCUCACUUAACGUUUU